AUGGAGGCAGUUGAACCUAGAACAAUUUGGCUCAUGCCCAUGGGGUAUGAAGUGGAUGGAAACACACUUGAUUCAUAUGCACAACACCUUCUGAAAAAACUGGUAGAUGGAAAAGAAGAGAGGUCCAAUACUUAUAAAGAGGACCUAGACUUGCACAAUAAAUUCACUGAGCCCGGAAGGAAAAGGAAGGUCAGAAAAGAAGUUGAAGAGCUUGCAAAACAAAUAGGAAUAACAAAGGAAGUGGUUCAAAGGGAUAGGGAGCAGACCAUUCUAAAGGGGGAGGACAUGGUAAAGCCUAAGAAGACAAAACCACUCUCCACUUCUCCCAAGCCAUCCAAGCCAGGGAAAACCAAUUCUGCACCUACCUCUAGUGCACAGAAACCUGUUCCUCCACCCAAGCCACAAAGAAAAUCAACUGGUGGAGUAGAGAAAGGGAAGAAGGAGAAUCCACAAAGGGAAUAUGUUGUAGCCACUACUAAAGAUGUAGAGACAGAUAAUGAUGAGGCAAUAAAAGCCUUGAUAGAUCUAUCAUCUAUGAUUCUCAAGGGAUUAUAUGAUAUUUUGGAUGCAAGGAGGCAUACAACCAGCUUAGAGGAUGAGAGAAUAAAAGAAUAUAUAUUAGUGAAUUUGUCUUCUGUAAUUUCUAAAGCUGAAGUAGAUAGAUUGCUUAAGCUUGCAAAGGAUAUAUUCAAAAGAAAAAGGAGAGUUAAUAAAAUUAUGUACAGGAAGAUAGAUGAAGUUGUCAAAGAGACUAAAGCAAUUUUGAAACAAUUUAUGAAAGUGCACAGAUAUGAUAAAGAACAACCAUCUGAGCGAGCCGUUUUGGAAAAGAAGAAAAAUGAAAAAACCAUAGUUACAAAUGAUAAUGACACUACUAAGCUUGAUGACUUUGGUGAAUUUGAACAAGAUCCUCUGGUGAUAAGUAUUGACUCUGAAAAGGAAGCUGAGGAGAUUGAAAUAGUUGAUGAAGGGAAGGGAGAGAUUGAUGCUGAGAAGGAUGAAGAUGUUGUAAAAGAUGCUAGUGUAGAGGUGGUAGAGAAGGAGAAAAGAGAAGAGAAGGAUGAUCAGGCUCCGGUAACAGUGGCAAGAGAUACUGUAGCAGACAAAGGAAAAUAG